ACCAUGGAUAACUUCCAGACCGUCCUGCGCUUUUUCAUGAAUCAGAAGGCCACCAUUGGCUACAGCUUCAUGGCCCUCCUGACCAUCGGGGGAGAGCGGAUCUUCUCCAUGGUCUCAUUCCAGUGCCCCUGCAACCACGACCAGAACUUUGCAUACGGCCUGACCUUCCUGUUGGGCCCAGGCCUGGUGCUUCUGGUGCUUGGUCUUUUCUUCAGCAGCAAGCUGUGGCGCCUCUACACUGGCUGUUGCCUAAACCCCAUUAAGCUAUGCCCCAGGGGCAACUGUUUCACCUGCCUCAAAGUGUUUGUCAAAAUCUUCUCCGGUGCCUGUGUGGCCCCUAUCAUGUGGCUGUGUGUGGCACUGUUGAACGGGACCUUCUACGAGUGUGCCGUCAGCGGGCUGGAUGAUAACCUGGUGGUGGAUCUGUUCUGUAAAAACAAGACCUUGAUGUGCCGGGAGGAGUUGGCCCGCGUGCCCUGCAGCAAGUCCAAGCUGCCCAGUGACGAGAACAUGGAACUGUUGCUCAUGUUCCGGGCUCAGUCACAGAUACUAGGCUGGUGUAUUAUCAUCAUUUCAGCCGUACUAGGGCUCCUCGGGACCUGCUACACAAACUGCCGCUCAAAGGUCAGCUACCUGCAGCUCACCUUCUGGAAGCGCUACGUAGAAAAGGAGAAGGAGCAGUUUGACACAUUCGCUAUGGAGUAUGCAUCCAAGCUGGCCGAGAGGAACCUAAAGAGCUUCUUUGAGAACCGUGACCCGGAAAUAUUCCCAUUCCCCAACCACAAGGCCUGGGAGGAGAUCUCAGCCCUCUACACCUUCUCCAAGAGUGAGCAGUACUACAGCACCCUGCAGAGGUAUGUGGAGCGUGAUGACCGAGACUACAGCCCUGAGAAAAGACCAGUCAUGGACCUGGAGCACGGCAUAGAGAUGAGCUGAGAGAGGGGCGGAUAAUGGCAGAGUAUGAAUUACAGUAUAUCCUAUUUGUUUUACCUUUAUAAAUGACAUGCAGUAAAUACAAUAGAUUUAACUCACAGACUGAGAAGAAGCGUUGUUGCCUGCAUUUCCCCCAAAGCACUGACAUCUACACAGAGCACCAUUCAGAACAUUAUUACCAGUGACACAGCAGUGAUUACCAAAGAAUGCAGCCAUUGCAGAAGUGGUGAAACAGUAGGGCUUCUUGUCUGCUGGAACCCACAGUUCGUGAAUGGUCAUGAACACUAGCUGAUGCAAUGUCCCUGUCAUAACAAACACUUUGAUUUGACAAAGUCUCCUCUACCUCUAUUUGACAUGCCUUUUGAAGCAUUUCAUUCACUUUACUGGUACAUAAUGGUAGGAGAGCUAUUGUAAUUGUAUAGUUUCAAUAGGGAAUUUUGCGUGUAAUAUUGCGCCACAAUAUGAAUGCUACAUGAAUGACAGAGUUGUAACAUGCAAUUUGCUUGAAAUGUUUACACAACUCAAUGUUUACAUUAUUAUGACAACUUGAGCACCACCUUAAAGUGUCUUUCUAUGGCAGUACAAGUGAAGUACAGCUCACUUGAUAUGUUAUGUUAAUUUGGGGAUAACUCUGCCAUUACUACUGUCCUGUUCAAUUAUUAAUGUCAAUAGUAGUCAAUAACUCACAACAUUAAGAGGUAAUAAAUCAUGUAUGACAUACGGGAUAUUCUCACUGGAUUCUACAAAAACAUUUGUGGAACCUGUUUAUUAUUUUUUCUUCUCCUUUCUAACAUCUGUAAAAUCCCUACCAUGUAAUGUGUAAGCACUAAAUGAACCUGUUCAUAGAACAUUAUUUGGACAUGUUGCAUUAUGCCUGAUAAAAACAUUUUAGGGUGGUGAGUUUGUGUGUAAAAACUGUCCAUAUUCCACCAUGUUUGACUAAGAGGGGAGAAUGCAGCCACA